AUGUCUGAUACGAUUAAAGACAGGGAAUCUGAAGUGGUAUCUGAUAUAUCGGGAGAGAAGUAUGAUACCAGCCUCUCGGCCGAUGAGCAAGUGAAUAAUCUUGCAGAGCAAUAUGGCAUAAAUCAGCGCAAGUUGAUGUUAAAAAUCGAUGUAUGUGUGGUUCCAGCUUUCUGUUUCUUAUACUUUUUGGCGUUUUUGGACAGAGUGAAUAUCUCCAAUGCCAAACUUUAUGGGCUUGCUGAGGACUUGAAAUUGACGGGAAACCAAUACAACACUGCUUUGACGCUUUUUUUCGUUCCAUAUGUUGCAUUCGAAGUGUUAUCCAACUUCACCAUCAAGCUCGUGAAGCCACAUAUAUGGUUGAGUGGAUGUAUUCUUUGUUUUGGAGCCAUUUCAGUAGGAAUGGGAUUUGUUAAAAAUUUCGGAGGAUUGGCUGCAUGUCGGUUUUUACUCGGAAUUUUCGAAGCAUCAACGUUCCCUGCAUUGUUCUAUCUUCUCUCAUGCUACUACUCUGUGCACGAGGCUCAACGUCGGUUUUCGGCAUUUUUCUCCGUCACCUGUUUAGCCGGUGCUGCAUCAGGAAGUAUUGCAUACCGAAUCCAUGAAAUAGACGGCAAGAAUGGUAUUCCAGCAUGGGGAUGGAUCUUUAUCAUUGACGGAAUCAUCACUAUGGGGGGUGCCAUUAUACUUUUUUUCACCAUUGCUGACUUUCCUGAGGAGUCGAGAUUUUUGAAUGAGAAUGAGCGUAAAUUUAUCAAGGAAAAAUUGGCGAUUUAUUCCGGUGCUCAGUCGGGAUUCGAGACGAAAAACACAUUGACAGAUGUGGCCAGGUGUUUCAAAGAUUAUAUGAUCUGGCUUCCAGCGUUAGCCUACUUUGGUCUCAUUAUUCCCUCUUAUGGUUAUGCUUAUUUUGCAGCCACCAUUAUUAACCAAAUGGGAUACACUGCUGUUUCCGCUAACCAGCACUCGGUGUACCCCUGGCUUGCUGCUUUCGGGCUCAACAACGUGGUUUCGUUCAUUUCUGAUCGUCUUCGCAUGAGAUUGCCAUUUGCUUUGGCAUCUUCAUGUUUAGCCAUCAUUGGGUUAGCAUUGGUUCUUGCUGAAAAAACCAAUCCUCAAGCACGGUACGCUGGAUGUUUCUUGACCGCUUCAGGAUUAUACACCGCUAUGCCAUUGUUGGUGUGCUGGAGCUCUUUGAAUUUUGGAGGACAUUUGAGAAAAUCGGUGGGAACCGCAUGGCAAAUUGGAUUUGGAAAUAUUGGUGGAAUCAUCGCCACCUUUAUAUUCUUGGCUAAGGAUGCUCCCGUGUACAGACCGGGACUCAUAGUGUGUUUGGCAGCGGUUUCGUUUGCAAUUGCCAUGAUGGUGUUUUAUUUCUUGUCGGUUUUCCAGUUGAAUAAGAACAAGAAAACUGACGCUUACCUUGAAAAAUGGGAUCAAAAAACAGAAAGAGAAAAGAUCCUUGCGGGAGAUAAACACCCCAACUUCAGAUAUAUAUACUAA